AUGGCCGAAAGUGCUAGCAAUAAUAUUUCCAAACAAUCCAUUAAAUCUAUAGCUGAAAGUUGUGGCAAUGCUCCAAUUGAUGAUGAUUGUAGCCAAGUAAUAGCUGAUGAAGUAAAUGCAAGAUUAAGAGAAGUCAUCCAGGAUGGCUUGAAAUUUAUGCGCCAUAGUAAACGCGAUAAAUUAACUCGUAAUGAUAUCGACUUAGCUCUGAAGUUUAAAAGUAUCGAGCCGGUAUAUGGCUUUACUUCAAGAGAUUUUGUACCUUUUCGUUAUGCCAGUGGUGGUGGAAGAAGUAUCUUUUUUCAAGAGGAUAAAGAGUUCAAUUUAACUGACCUUAUUGCAUCGCAAGAAGCGUCCAAAGUUCCAUUAGAUAAUCAUACUCGGGCGCACUGGUUAAGCAUCGAUGGCACCCAACCACUGAUACCAGAGAAUCCUGAUCCUGACACGUUACAUAAGUUUAAGAGAUUGUCAUCCGAUGACUCUUUGGAUGAUUUUAUUCCCAAGAAAGUCCCUGCGCUAUUUUCUCUAUCCUUUCAAGAUAAUAAGCUAAUUGUAGAAAAGAAAGCUGGUAAAGAAGUAAAGAGUAAAGAAAAGGUAGAAGAUACUAGCAAGGCUUCUUUUUUGAAACCAUUAAGUGGCCACGAACUAUCUCUGGAGCAACAACUCUUCUUUAGGGAAAUCACCGAAGCAUGUGUUAGCAAUAGUGAAGAGAAGAGAAAGAAAGCGCUAGAAUGCUUACAGUAUGAUCCUGGUCUCUAUCAGUUGCUGCCGCGCUUUAGCAGAUUUAUAUCUGAAGGGGUUCGUGCGAACAUUCACGAGACAGAAGAUGCGGUUCUCAUUUACCUGCUACGUAUGAUGGACUCUCUACUUCAAAAUGAAACACUCAAUCUAGAAAAAUAUUUACAUGAAUUAAUACCAACGGCGCUGAGUUGUGUAGUAAAUAAGCAAAUAGCUUCUGAAGAUCCAAAUAAUCGCCUCGUUAUUCAGCACUAUGCUGCUUCUUUAAUAUAUAAGAUUUGCAGCAAUAAAAUCUACAACUCUCCUGUAAAUAAUGUUCAAUCAAGAAUUACUCAAACUAUGGCAAAUGCCUUACAAGAAGAAUCACUGCCGCUACAUACUUAUUAUGGAGCAAUAUAUCUAAUGAUAAAAUUGUGUAGCAAUGAUGUAUGUGCAAAUAAUAAUUUCUUGUUAAAUUAUUCAUCAUGUGAUAAUAUUCUUUUGCAGGCAUUAAAACGCUUCCUUCUACCAUUAUUAAAAGAAAAGAGCGAUCUUAUCGAAUGCGCAUUAAAUGGGCAAAUCAAUAGUGACAAACUGGUCGCAGAAAAGCUGAGAGACUUAUUAGUGCAACAUUUAGCUCUUAUAUUACCGAUCUCCAAUGAUUCGCUGGAUACAGUCCGCGAGAAGUACGGCUACAUUGGAUGUAUUAUAGUUCACAAUGCUCAAUAUUUAAAACAAACUAAUUCAAGAGGGAUGCUUGGGGAAACGCCAUUCAAAUAUUCUAUACCCUCGUCAAUAAAAUUGACAACAACGAAGACCAAUACAGGAACUUCGCCUAGCACUACUACUAAUUCAAUUACUACACUAUCCACUUCUAGUAACACAUUAACGUCUUCUAAACAGGAAGACUUUAAAGCUCUUGAACAACCUGCUGUCACAAAAAGUACAGAUAUAUCUAGCCCUAAUGCGGCUGAUACGGUAACUAUUAGUUCUGGUAUAAAAGAUUCUCGGAAAACUGACAACUCCGAUGGUGGUAACGAUGUAACUGAUUCCUCAAUGUCUGAAAUUUCGGAAAAACAUACUGGCACAAGUAACACCAAGAUACAUGAAUCUCUGACAGAGUCCGCUAUGGAAGAAUCCACUAUGGAAGAGUCCGCUAUCGAAGAGUCCACUAUGGAAGAGUCCGCUAUGGAAAUAGAGUCAAGUAGUAAUGAUGUCGAAAACGCUAAUAACGUAGACAAUUCUUCAAGUAGAAGUAAAUAUUUAUCUGAUGUAAACGAUCACAGUAAUCCCGAUGAUAAAACAGAAUCGCUUCUAAACGUUCUGGCAACAUCGGAACUUGCCAAAGUAGAGCUUAUGGAAGAAUCUAGUAGCGAUUCGGAAGAGUUUGUAGAUAGUACAGAUGUUGCUCUAAAAUCAAAUUUAGAUUCAGAAUCAAAAUGUAAAAGUAGUGGUGAUAUUGAAACUGAAACAAUAACUAAAAAUUCAAAUAGAGCUUCACCUUCCAGGGAUUCUUCUUCUUUAAAAGAAAUAUCAAAUUCGACAGAAGAUAACAAGUUUAGUACUAAGGAUGACGUUAGCGAUAGUGUUAAAGAUGCGACAAAUACGAUCAUCAAAACUAAAUCGGAUGAGAAUAUAUCACAAGUACCUGAAUCUGAAAAUAUUCCCUCACCGGUUACUUAUAAAUCAGAGAAGACUGUUGAAGAUAAAUUACCGUCAUCGUCAUCAUCUUCUGAUGACGACGAUUCGCAAGAGUACUUGCCUAUCUCAACCGACAAUAUGGAAGAAACAGCAGAUGAUACAACUAGUUUGCCGGUAAUGAAAGGAACUCCUUUAUCUUCCGAUCAAUCUGACAUUUCUCCAGCUAUUCCGUCUGUAGAUAACAAGCGAAGUAAUAGUCCGGCAGUAGAUGCACCCAUGGAGGAAAAUUUAUCAACUCCCGCUUCUUCUAAAGGAGGAGAUAGUCGAAAUGUUUCAGAAGAGCAUGACAAUUUGGAUAAAUCAGGUAAUACAUCUACAAAACCUGUUGAUAAACCCUUAUCGCCGAUAGAAAGACUUAAUUCCUGUAAGGAAAAUAUUCCUACAUCGCUAAUCACGGCCGACGACAGAACCACCUUAUCGGCAGCUACAGGUGCUGCUGAAGGAAACGAAAAGAUGACGCCAGAAACAUCUGUAUCAGCGGAUAAAAUUUCAGCAUCAUUGGCUACAAUUGCGGAUAAACAUGUAACAUCACCGCCCUCUACUUCUGAGAUUAGUAAAGCAACAGGUUCACAUAUACUAGCUGAAGAUAAAAUGCCUUCGCCAAGCUCACCCAGUCGUAUUGAAGGAUCAGAAACGGUUUCUCCUACUGCGGUGGAUGACAAUACCAGGUUAUCAGAUGCAGGAGGAUCUUCACCUUCUGCUUCCCCUGAUAAAGAGGACGUAUUAGUAAAUAAGACUGAAAUAUUGCCUUCGCCUUCAUCAACGGGAUCUUUAGAUGAGAAAAAUUCAAAACCAAGUAUUUCUGGUAGUAAACUUGAAAUUUCACCACCUCUUACUCUAGCUGUAAAUCAACCGCAUUCAUCCUUGGCUACAAUAAUUUCUGAAUAUGGUGAAGACAUCUCAUCUAAUAAUUCUUAUAUGACAGAUGACGAAUCUAUGGUGGUUGAUGAAGAAACUAAUGCAUCAAAGACACCUUUACCAAUUCAGAAUGAAGAUAAACCGGAAGGAUCAAUCGAUAAGGAUGUUAGUAAAGAAAUGUCGCAUGAUUCUGGAACGGAUUGUCAAAUAGAAGAUCAAUCGCAAUCGGGAGUAAAUAUUGUUGAAGGAAAAGAAAAUCCUGAAGUAUCUCCCGUACCUCCGAUAGCCGGAAAUGAUCCUGAAGAACUAGCUACUUCUACUAGUAAUAGGGAUGAAAGAAAUUCAUCUGAACCGUCUCAUUCUCCGAUUGUAGCCAGACCUAAAACACCAGAUGCUGAAAGUAAGGAAUCUUCUGUGAAUACUGUGCACACAGCGGCAUCCGAAAUAAAUGCAUCUAAAACCGAAUCUAUACGGUCUCCCAAGCCACAAACUUCAUCAUCUGAUCAUGAACCUCAUGCUGUUUCUGUUGAUGAUCAAACAAUAUCAGAAUGCGCCAACAGUCCAGCUUCUAUUGUGCCAUCGACAGCGGAACAAUCGGUUAUUUCUAGUAGUACUAGUAUCCAAUUUCCGCCUUCAGCUGCAGUAAAGCAGCCAAGCGCAGACAAACCGUCAGCUUCACCUGGUCCAGCAUUAUCAUCACCACAGCAAGGCACCAUAGAAACUCGACAUCCAACUGAAGAUCAAACAAAUCCUAUUAUAAAGUCAUCUCCGCCUAAUUUAGAUGGUGCGAAAGAUAAUGUCGAUAAUGACAAUUUGAAGAAAAUAGAUACAGAAGAUGUGGAAUGCAAAAUAGAGCAAAAUCCCUCGAAUUCUGAUGAUCUCAAAGAAUCCAAAGAGGACGUGGCUAGCCCAAGUGAAAACUCUGCUUCUAUUGGCAGUAGAAACGUACAACAGUCAAUCGCUGAUGAGGAAAUGGACGUCAGUGUUAAACAAAGUGAAGGUGCAGAACAUGCUAGCCGCACUUCAGACGAUGAAUUCAUGGAUGUAGAUUCAUCCUAA